AGAUGGAGGCGGCGAUGGAUCUGAUGCGGAGGAUCUCACCGAACCAGAGCGAGACGGCGCUGUCGGCCCUGCUGUCCCUCCUCCCCCACCACUCCGCCGACCUCCUCUCCCAAGUAGACCAGCCCCUCCAGGUUUGUAUGGAUACUGAGUCGAUGAAGGAGUUCAUACUGUGUGAAUACAACAGGGACGCUGAUUCAUAUAGAUCGCCUUGGUCAAACAAAUAUCAUCCACCUUUGGAAGAUGGGUCACUACCAUCAGAUGAACUGAGGAAACUUGAAAUCGAAGCAAAUGAGAUUUUUGCUGUUUAUCGUGAACAGUAUUAUGAAGGGGGUGUCUCAUCUGUGUACAUGUGGGAAGAUGACAACCAAGAAUUUGUGGCAUGUUUCUUGAUAAAGAAAGAUGGAUCAAAAACAGGGCAUGGGAGAAGAGGACAUUUGCAGGAGGGUUCAUGGGAUGCCAUUCAUGUUAUUGAGGUUGGGCCAGUGGAAGAGGGAAAUGUUCAUUACUGCCUAACCAGUACUGUCAUGCUAUCGUUGACCACAGAACAUAAGCCUUUGGGAACUUUUAAUCUGUCAGGAUCAAUCAGACGACAGAUGAGUUUAGACCUUUCAGUAGAAGAGGGCCACUUGUGUAACAUGGGAAGGAUGAUAGAAGAAAUGGAGGGGAAGCUCAGGAACUCACUGGAUCAGGUCUAUUUUGGGAAGACAAGGGAGAUGGUCUGCACAUUGAGGCCACCACCUGAGGGCAUACAACUGAGAUUACCUGAAAGCUGACCCAUAAAGUGAAAGGUGCAGCAAUCGUUUGCAUCCAACUAAUCAGUAUUUUUGUAUUGAAGAAAAUUUGGAUACUUGGAGUGACAGCCAUAGCCUUGCGAAAUUUUUUGUUGCAGUCUUGAGGAUGAUAAAACUAUACUUCUAGCUUGUCUUGUGAAAAUAUUUAUAUUUCAAUAUAGUGAGUUUAUAUUAGACAGUUAAAAA